AUGUGUUGGUCGCCAGAGAGACUCGGUGCAGAAGCACAACUGGGUCUGGGUAGGACACAUCUCGAAGUCCGGGCGCCUCGUCGUCUCCGCCUUCAUAAGGAUCCUGCAACCCACGCAGAAGCGCCUUUCAUACUCUUUUCACGAGUCAUUUAUAAACACACCAGGCACAAGGCAGUUUUAACAACGGUAAUGUUGAGGGGUGUAUUCAGGUGCCUUAGGACCAGCCCUGUUCUUGGCCAAAGGAGUAUGUCUCAAAGCAGCUUUGCUGGAAAGGUAGCCAUAGUCACUGCCUCCACAGAUGGAAUUGGUCUCGCUGCAGCUCAGGCUCUGGGAAAGAGAGGUGCCCAUGUGGUGGUGAGCAGCCGGCGGCAGGCCAAUGUGGACAAAGCUGUGGCACUGCUGCAGAGCCAGAACAUCCAAGUGACUGGGACCACCUGUAAUGUUGGCAAGGGAGAAGACAGAGAAAAACUGGUUCAAAUGACUCUGGAUCAGUGUGGUGGCAUUGAUAUCCUGGUAUCCAAUGCAGCAGUCAACCCUUUCUUUGGAAACAUUAUGGAUUCCACAGAGGACGUCUGGGACAAGAUCCUGUCUGUUAAUGUGAAAUCAGCCUUCCUCUUGACUAAGUCGGUCGUGCCUCAUAUGGCGAAGAGGGGAGGGGGGAAUGUCGUAUUUGUGUCAUCUGUGGCUGGAUACCAACCAAUGCAGGCCCUGGGUCCUUACAGUGUGAGUAAGACAGCACUGCUGGGUCUGACCCGGGUGCUGGCUCCUGAGCUGGCUCACAGUAACAUAAGAGUCAACUGCGUGGCCCCAGGGGUUAUCAAGACCCGCUUCAGCUCUGCGUUAUGGGAAAAUGAAGACAUCAUGGACGACUUCAAAAGGCAGCUCAGCAUUAAAAGAGUCGGACAGCCAGAGGAAAUUGGUGGAGUGAUUGCCUUCUUGUGCUCAGAGGAGGCUUCCUACAUCACUGGAGAGACCAUCACAGUGACUGGAGGGAUGGGCUGUCGACUCUGAAUCUCCAGUGGCAACAAAACAAAUUUGCACUUGAUUGUGUGUGUUCCUGUAUAGAUAUACAGUAUGUUUUGAUUACAUUUUCCACUACUCUUCUGAAGUGCUGGCAAAACCUUAAUAUGAGAGCUGUAAUAUGCCAAUAAUAGCCAGGAUCCUGAGGCAUUGUGUAACCAAUUAUUGAAGAUUUUGGGUUAAGUUCUUCAUAGUUUCCUGGGUGAUGUCUGUGAAUUUCUGAUAUGAUUAAGAUAUGAACAUUUAUAUAGCUUUUUCUAAAUAACACACCACAGACCAGGAAUGUCCCCUCUGAUAGCUGUGCGAAUUAAUUUCCUCCUGUGGUAAGCUGACAUUCAAUUUCUAAAUAAAUGGGAAUCUUUUGAUUGGUCUUUA